AUGCCGAUGGAGACGCCAAUCGAGGCCGAAGGGAAGAGCUCAGAGCCACCAGGGAAUGGCUCGCUGCUGAAGAUUGCCGAGAAAUCCCAGGAAUUGGGGGGUAAUCCAGGGAGGGAACUGCCGCCGUUGCAUCAGGGCAAGGAGGUCAUCCUCGUCGAUGACAAUGACAGUGGUCAGGAAGAUGGUGGGGGUGCCAAGGUGGACGAGAACGCGCCCCGCAUCGGGUUGCGGUUCAAGACCUAUGACGACGCGCUCAACUACUACAAGCAGUAUGCGGUGGAUUCCGGCUUCUCGGCGAUCACUCUCAAGUCGUCGUACCUGAAGUCGGGGGUGUGCCGGAGGCUGGUGCUCGGGUGCAGUCGGUCAGGGAGAGGGAGAGCAAAUGUGUGCUAUCUGUCUAGAGAAACAGCAAAGAUAAACUGCCCAGCUAGGAUUUCGUUGAAGUUGAGGCAGGACAGGUGGCUUCACAUUGACGACGCCAAGCUCGACCACAACCAUCCGCUCAACCAGUCCUCAGACUCGCCCAUGAGCUGUUACAAGAAACUGACGGAUGCCAAGAGCGUGGAAAAUGGUUCACGGCUUAAAGGGCGAAGGAAUGUUCCGAUAGCUGACAAAGAGCAGGGGAACUUUACCGAGAUAGGAAGGCUUAAGUUCGGGGAAGGAGAUGAUGAGCAGAUCCAGAAGUUUUUUGGCAGCAUGCAGAAUAAGAAUCCAAAUUUCUUCUACCUGGUGGAUUUGGACAAGCAGGGGCGUCUAAGGAACUUGUUUUGGAGUGAUGCUAGGUCACAGGCAGCGCAUGAAUACUUUGGUCAUGAUGUUGUUUACUUUGACACUUCAUACUUGACUGAGAAAUAUGAUCUGCCACUUGUUUUCUUCACUGGGAUGAAUAAUCAUGGCCACCCUGUUUUGUUUGGUACCGGCUUGCUUUCAGAUCUCAGUGCUGAGAGCUAUACCUGGCUAUUCAGAGCAUUUUUGUCAUGUAUGAAGGGCUGUUACCCAGACGCAAUCAUCACUGAGCAUUACAACGCUAUUCUGGAUGCGGUUAGAGAAGUAUUUUCCCAAGUUAAACACCGCCUUUGUCUGUAUCGCAUUAUGAGAGACGUGGCAGAGAACUUGAAAGCACACGCGGAAUUCAAAACAAUUAAGAGAGCACUGAAGAAAGUAACAUAUGGGUCUUUGAAGCCCCCAGAGUUUGAGGCUGAUUGGAAGAAGGUUAUUGAGGAACAUGGACUUGCAGGAAAUGAAUGCCUCAGUUCCCUACAUGAGCAUCGGCAAUUAUGGGCACCUGCUUAUCUUAAAGACAAAUUCUGGGCGGGUAUGUCUGUUUCACAGCGUGGGGAGUCUGUUGCUUCAUACUAUGAUGGAUUUGUGUACCCAAAAACUUCUUUGAAGCAAUUUUUCAGCAAAUAUGAGAUGAUAUUGGAGAACAAAUACAAGAAAGAGUUGCAAGCAGAUGAAGAAUCUUCCCAUAGGACUCCAUUGACUGUAACAAAGUUCUACAUGGAAGAGCAACUGGCCAAGGCCUACACAAUCAACAUGUUCAGGAAAUUUCAGGAAGAGUUGAAAGCAACAAUGUAUUGUGAUGGUAUGCCAAGUAAAGUUGAUGGCCCAUUUGUUACUUUUGAAGUGAAAGAAUGCUCAUACAUGGAAGAUGGAAAGGAGACGGAGAGCAGGACUUAUGAAGUUUAUUUUUGUAAAGAAGGGCUCAUUGUUGAGUGCGAAUGUGGUUUCUUUCAGUUCACUGGCAUACUAUGCAGACAUGCGUUGUCUGUGUUUAAGUUGCAUGACAUGUUUGAGAUCCCGUCAAGAUAUGUCCUUGAUCGCUGGAAAAGAGACUAUAAGAAACUGCAUGCUUUGGCACAUUAUCCUAAUGAGAUGCUCCUUGGUGACACAGUGGAGCGCCAUGAUUAUUUGUCUACACAGUGCCGUCAGGUUCUCAAUUUAGGCUUUAUAUCUGAGAGUAGGUACCUUGUUGCUCUGAAGUUACUGAGAGAAGCAGAAAGGGCUCUUCUGGAUGAUGGUCAACCUGCUAGAGACAGGCAGCCGAGGCUUCUCUCAUUCGAAGCUGAUGCACCUGAAAAUGGCCAAGGCCUUUUUAGUUCUCAAUUUCCAGAGGGUGAGAAGAAUUCCCUGUCCACAAAUGCAAAGCAUCCUGGCCGGCCAGCAAAGAAAGUGGCAGAAACUGAUCCGGAUGCUGUAUUACGGUCAAAUAAAGAACAGCAGGAUUUUCUACGGUCAUCAUUUGUGCCAACUGAAACUAAUAUGAUUCAAGAGACAUCGUCAGGUUCCCAUCUUGAAAGUCCUGACAUGGGAGUGCCAGGAAGCAUUCAUCUAAUGGAAGGGAUAUCUCCAAACCUGACAUUUGGACCUCAUUUUGGAAUGGAUGUUAGUCACCAACAUCAACUGCCUAAUCAACCAAGGAUGAUGCCGAAUAACUUUAUGCAGGUACAAGCAGAUCCCCAUGUUUUCGGAAAUCAGUGGGCUUACAACCCAACGAUGCAGGAUAAUCCAAUGCUAAGAACUCCUACGCGAAGAGCAGGGUAG